UAAAAAAAAAGUAAUGGUGGCUCGUCUUCCUUCCGCCGCAGUUCAUCUGCUGUUGGUGAACCUGAUGAUCUGGUAGCUGCUUUAUCUGGGAUGAACCUGUCAUCAUCUAGGGCUGGUAAUGGUCAAAAUAUGGACCAGUCUAAGCUCUACCAGGAUGUUGAUAAUGCCAAUAGGUUUCUCUUUGAUCGACAUGGUGAUCAAUCAAAUGGCAAUCAGCAGCACUCCUACAUGAAACGUCCUGAGCAAGGACAAUUCAGGGCACCUGAGGGGUAUUCUGCAAAUUCCGCUAAUUCUUCUAUGAUGAGAAAUCAGAUGAAUGCUGGUAAUUUCAUAUCAUCUGACAAUUCGUCUGUUGGGUCUGGCUUUGCUUCCCCUAGGAUCGGUUCGAGAUCUCCGGGAGGGAAUUUAUCUUCUAGGCAAAAUUUAGCUGGUGCCUCUAACUUUCUCAGCUACAAUGGAAUUGGAAGUCCAACUGGAGCAAAUGCUCUUCAGAUGCCUAUCGAUCCAGCAUAUGUUCAGUAUCUUGCUGCCCAAGUUGCGGCUAGUUAUGAAGAUCCUUACAUGGCCAGUGGUCUUCUGGGAAGUUCCUACAUGGAUUUACUUGGUCCUCAGAAAGCUUGUCUUAGCCCGUUGCUUCAGUCACAGAAGAACUAUGGCUGCUACGGAAACCUUGGUUUUGGCCUUGGUUAUGCUGGAAGUCCUUUGACGAGUCCUGUUCUCCCCUCUUCACCUGUUGCAUCUGGCAGUCCACUUAGGCAUGGUGAACGCAGCAUGCGCUUUGCAUCAGGCAUGAGAAAUUUUGGUGGUUCAUUUGGUUCAUGGAAUCCAGAUCUGGUUGGAAAGAUGGAUGGGAAUCUAAUGCCCUCACUUCUGGAGGAGUUUAAGAGCAACAAGAGCAGAACUUAUGAGCUCUGUGAAAUAGCUGGUCAUGUCGUUGAGUUCAGUGCGGAUCAAUAUGGGAGCAGAUUCAUACAGCAAAAGCUCGAAACAGCCAGUACUGAAGAGAAAGACAUGGUUUUUUCAGAAAUCAUGCCCCAAGCUCUCACACUGAUGACCGAUGUAUUUGGAAAUUAUGUUGUUCAGAAGUUUUUUGAGCAUGGAAGCACUACUCAGAUAAAGGAGCUCUCUGAUCAGCUUAUUGGGCGCGUCCUUGCUCUCAGUCUUCAGAUGUAUGGAUGCCGGGUUAUACAGAAGGCUAUAGAGGUCGUGGAUUUAGCUCAGCAGACUAAAAUGGUUGCUGAGCUGGAUGGACAUAUCAUGCGCUGUGUGCGUGAUCAAAAUGGUAACCAUGUGAUACAGAAAUGCAUAGAGUGUAUUCCUCAGGAUGUUAUCCAGUUCAUUGUCUCAACAUUUUACGGUCAAGUUGUGCUGCUAUCCACUCAUCCAUACGGUUGUCGGGUUAUACAGAGGGUGCUGGAGCACUGUGAUGAUCCCACAACACAACAAAUAAUGAUGGAUGAGAUUCUCCAGUCUGUUUGCUUGCUCGCUCAGGAUCAAUAUGGUAACUAUGUUGUUCAGCAUGUCCUGGAACAUGGCAAACCACAUGAAAGAACAGCUAUCAUUGAUAAGUUGAUUGGACAAGUUGUACAAAUGAGCCAGCAAAAGUUUGCUUCAAAUGUCAUUGAGAAGUGCUUAGCUUUUGGUAAUCCUGUGGAGCGGCAGAUCUUGAUUGGUGAAAUGCUUGGAUCCACUACUGAGAGUGAACCUCUUGAGGUAAUGAUGAAAGAUCAGUUUGCAAACUAUGUGGUGCAGAAGGUGUUGGAGACUUGUGAUGAUCAGCAGAGAGAGAUGAUCCUUACAAGGAUUAAAGCGCACCUGAAUACACUCAAGAAGUACACCUAUGGCAAGCACAUAGUUGCACGCGUUGAGAAGCUCGUCGCAGCUGGAGAAAAGCGCCUGGGGCUUCAACCGGCAUGCACUGCCGCCUGAAGGGCGAACACUGCAGUUGUACAGCUAACAGUGGCUAGGUUUGCGCUCGCUUUUUCCCCCAACUGAAAAAACCCUAUAAGACUAGUAUGGUAUGGUACCGUCAGGAAUAAGAUAUAAUCUUGGUUGCACCGGAGAGUGUACAUUCUGUAGCUGAGGAAGCAAGACUAAUCUGAAAGUAAGCUGUAAAGAGGAAGAAGAGGAGUAAGGAAAUGUUACCACUCUGCUCAUUGUACAAAUUUAGCACUAGAGAGAGAGAGAAAGCUGUUAGCUGUCUAAAAGUCGGAAUUAAAGCCGCUGCGACUAUUUUGUUUAUCCUGUUGUGUCUCGUGUCAAUACAAACAAACGAUGGUGGGCAUGCAUGCUGUUGUUGUAAGAUAAAUUCUGGGGCACUAGCCUUGUUUCCACUGUUUAAGCUGAAGUUAUUAGUAUCAGCUUACCCUGAACUGUUUGAACAGUUUGUUGUAUUAAUGGAGUGUUGUCUGUCCUGUAAUCUAAUCCCAGAAUGAUGAUAUGCAUGAAGUAA